AUGUCUGGACGGUCGUCGACUGGACCUGAUACGCCUACUCCUGGCCCGCCUUAUACUCAUUCGCAUUCUAAUUCGACGACGACGGUUACGGCACCGACUCCGCCCCCGCAUACGACCCAGUUUGUUCCUCAGCAACCGCAGCCGGCGUACAACCGUUCUCCGCUGAUUCUAGCGCAGAUGGCAGCUGCACAGUCGCGCUUAGCAGCGUCCGGUAACACCAAUGCCGCCAAUCCCACUCCCAAUGGGAACGCCAAUGUCCACCCGCAGAGUAGUCAGUAUAUGACGGCCGAGUCCCCUGAUCAUUUGUCUACUGGGCAGAGUAGUACAGGCUCGGUAUCGCCGAACAGGUCAGCGGGAGAUUCGAGUGGAAGUUCGCCUACGCCUUCGUCUAAUGGGUAUUCUACGUCUAUUUCGAGGUCGCCGUCGCCUGCUUCGCCGUCUUCGCAGCCUACUUCACCGCCGAGGGGACAUCAUCAUCCAGGACAUCUUGGCCAUCAUCCGAGUCAUUUGGGUCAUCAGCAGAAUGGGAAGGUUAAUGUGAAUGUUGGAGUUGUGGGUGAGGAAGAUGCGGGUGUGGAGGGGUUUGCGACGUCGUUUUCGGCGUUGACUGUUAGAGAGGAGGGGGAUGGGGAGGGGCAUCAUCCCCAUCAUCAUAUGGGUGUGGUGCCCGCGAAGGAGUACUUGAUUGAGGGAGUCGGAGAUGGUGGGCGCUAG